CAUCUUCCUUCACGUCUCCCAUCUCCCCUACCCAACCCAAUCGAACAUCAUGGCCGAACGCGCUGCCAACAACCGUCGGGACCAAUUCAAGAACAAGGCCCUCAAGCAGGACGAUCUGAGGCGUCGCAGGGAGGAGCAGCAGGUUGAGAUCAGGCGACAGAAGAGAGAGGAGAACAUCGCCAAGAGGAGGAAUUUCCUCCCCGAUACCUCUGCUGACUCCGAUGAGGAGACUGCCCCCGCGAACUGGGAGGCUCCUCUCGCCGACGAAAUGAUCCAGGGCGUGUUCUCCGACGACCCCGAGCGUCAGCUUGACACGACGACCAAAUUCCGCAAGUUGCUUUCGAAAGAAAAGAAUCCUCCCAUCGAACGCGUCAUCGAGUGCGGUGUCGUGCCGCGGUUCGUGGAGUUCCUGCGUACCGGUCAAUCUAUGCUUCAGUUCGAAGCUGCAUGGGCUUUGACCAACAUCGCUUCCGGUACCCAAGAGCACACCCAAGUCGUUAUCAACGCCAGCGCUGUCCCCGAGUUCAUCAACCUUCUCUCGUCUCCCGUCCUCGAUGUCCGUGAGCAGGCAGUUUGGGCGCUGGGCAACAUCGCCGGCGACAGCCCCCAGUGCAGAGAUUACGUACUCAAGCAGGGCGCUCUCAGGCCCUUGUUGACGCUUUUGAGCGAGAAUCACAAAAUCAGCAUGCUUCGGAAUGCUACCUGGACUUUGAGCAACUUCUGCCGUGGAAAAUCCCCACAGCCUGACUGGGAGCUGAUCGCGCCUGCGUUGAAUGUCCUUACGAAACUCAUCUAUUCAGUCGAUGACGAAAUCCUCAUUGAUGCUUGCUGGGCUAUCUCGUAUCUAUCCGAUGGCUCCAACGACAAGAUCCAAGCCGUCAUCGAGUCCGGUGUCUGCAGGCGUCUCGUUGAUCUCCUCAUGCACCCAUCUACCUCCGUCCAGACCCCCGCCCUUCGCUCUGUAGGAAACAUCGUCACUGGUGAUGAUCUUCAAACCCAAGUUGUUAUCGCAUCAGGUGCUCUACCCGCUCUCCUGUCUCUCCUGUCGUCCCACAAGGAUGGCAUCCGGAAAGAGGCCUGCUGGACCAUCUCCAACAUCACCGCCGGCUCCCCUCCCCAGAUUCAGAACGUCAUCGACGCCAACAUCAUCCCUCCGUUGAUCAACAUUCUGUCGAACGCCGACUUCAAGACCCGCAAGGAGGCUUGCUGGGCUAUCUCGAACGCGACUUCCGGUGGCCUUCAAGAGCCUGCGCAGAUCCGUUACCUUGUCUCGCAGGGCUGCAUCAAGCCCCUCUGUGAUCUCUUGACGAUGAUGGACAACAAGAUCAUUCAGGUCGCCCUCGAUGGUCUCGACAACAUCCUCAAGGUCGGAGAGAUGGACAAGGCGGCAGCUGGCCCCGGUGCGCUGAACAAAUAUGCGCAGUACGUCGAGGAAGCCGGUGGCAUGGUUACCAUCCACAACCUCCAGCAACACGAUAACAUCGACAUCUAUAAGAAGGCGUUUAACAUCAUGGACAAGUACUUCCCCGACGAGGAGGAGAUGGAUGCUGGUAUUGCACCCGCCAACGUCGAUGCCAGUGGAGCGUUCUCGUUCAACACCAACGACGGUGCUCCCCCGCCGGGUGGGUUCAGCUUCGGUCAAUGAAGGGUUCCGGUAUUUUUCUGCCUUACACUGUACGACUUUCCAUCGAUUCUUCGUGUGUUCACGCCUCCCCGAUCCUUUUCUGUUGUGUUUUCAUCAUCACUCCUCGUCGCGUACCAUUUUGUUUUCAUACUAGCUCAGGCCCGUAGUGCUGUACUUUGAUAUUCCACUUUGCAAUGAAGUUGUGUGUUCUGUUCAUUAGCCUGUUUUAUAUCCGGUUUUGACGAAGGUUGACUUUCAGCUGUCCGUGUCUUGCGUGUUCAGCGUAAUGGGACUCGCUUUUUUCCACAUUCACGCGUCUUCAUUAAUUUCAGUAGAGUCCAUCUGUUUUUUUUCGUCCGUUUUUUUGUUGGGGCGUUGCAGUUGUUAGAAAAAAAUGUAGUCUACUCCAUGUCUCACAAUGAGCUUCA